GCUCUUUUUUUUUUUUGUAAUUAAAAGGUGUUGAGCCGUGUCCUGUCGCGAGAAGAGAACCCCACAAGUGUUUUUUGCCAGCUUACAAUGGAAUUGGAAGCACCGUCGUGGAGGAUGCAAGGGAGCUAACGUUGGGAGGAAGCAGCAGACACAACAGAGGACCCCAAGAGAGGUGACCCAAGCAUGGGCUCGGUGCCAGAGGGCGGCUGCUCUCUGGAGCUACACGGCUGGAAUGUGAGCGGCGCCUCCGUCCCCUGCAACCAGAGCGUCCUCAAGCUGGCGCCCUACUCCCCCGAAGCCACGGCGGCCUUCGCCACCGCCAUCACCCUGAUGGUGCUCUUCACCAUCGUGGGGAACGUGCUGGUCAUCAUCGCCGUCCUGACCAGCCGCGCCCUGCAAGGUCCCCAAAACCUUUUCCUGGUGUCACUGGCCGCCGCCGACAUCUUGGUGGCCACGCUCAUCAUCCCCUUCUCUCUGGCCAAUGAACUUCUGGGCUACUGGUACUUCAAGUCUCUGUGGUGUGAGAUCUACCUGGCCUUGGAUGUGCUCUUCUGCACCUCGUCCAUCGUGCACCUGUGCGCCAUCUCUCUGGACCGCUACCUGUCCAUCUCCAGGGUGACCUACGGUCGCCAGCGGACUCCCAGACGCAUCAAAGCUGCCAUCGUGGUGGUGUGGUUCAUCUCCGCCAUUAUUUCCUUCCCUCCCCUGCUGUCCCUCAAUAAGAGCGAGGGAGGCGACCUGGCGAGUGAGAGGGGUCCUCAGUGCCAGCUCAACGACGAGCGCUGGUACAUUCUUUACUCCACCAUCGGCUCCUUCUUCGCUCCGUGCCUCAUCAUGAUCCUUGUCUACGUGAGAAUCUACCAAAUUGCAAAGCAGAGAACGCGGUGCCCCCCUGGGGAGCCUCGCAAGGAGGGUGUCGGCGGUGCCACGCCGAGUCAAGCGAAGCGGCACUUACAGGCCAACGGCAGGGAGAACGAGGACGAAAAACAGUCUUCCCCUAAGAAAAUGUACAAUGACAGACCCCCCACCCUCGCCAUUACACCGUCUCCUUCAGGGGGGCUGACGCAACCCUCCCAGGACCCCAACCCUAAUAACCUCCAACCUCCACCCCCUUCUCCAGCCAUGAGCCAAGUCACCAGCUCCUUAGAUACCUCGCUCCAUGCACCACCUGCUGCUCCACUGUCGGCGCCCCAAGCCUCUCCAGCCAAGUCUAAAGAGGCCGCCAAGAAGGUCAAACAGCAAAAGAGCAACAAAUCUGACAACAACAACGGCGACAUCUCCAGCACGGACAGCGAGGCCAGCCACGGCGGGGGCAGGGGCAGCACCAGUAUGCCGGGGUCGCCCGCAGGAGGGGGCAUCCACUCCCCUGGCUCCAUCAAGCGAUACAGGAACAUGAUCGCCACUUCAAAGGGAGCUCGGCUGGUGCCGGGGAGGAAGUCCAGACGAGAGACCAACCCCGGGGCGGCCAGGCGCAAAGCCAUGCUCAACAGAGAGAAGCGCUUCACUUUCGUCCUGGCCGUGGUCAUCGGGGUCUUCGUGGUGUGCUGGUUCCCCUUCUUCUUCUCCUACUCCCUGCAGGCCGUGUGCCCCGAGACAUGCGCUAUCCCAGACCCGCUCUUUAAGUUCUUCUUCUGGAUCGGGUACUGCAACUCUUGUCUCAACCCAGUCAUCUACACCAUCUUCAACAAAGAAUUUAGGAUGGCUUUCAAAAAGAUUUUGUGCAGCAACACUAAGGGUACUUUCUUCUAGCGCACACAGGUGAGGACUUGCUUGCCACAUUUUCUCGACAAAGGGCUGGAUUAACAGUACUAUGAGCCAUUGAAAUUUACGCGUACAACUCGAAAUUUCUCCGAGACAGCCAUAAAAUGCUGUUAAUUGCCAUUUGGGACUACCGUAUUUUUCGGAGUAUAAGGCGCACCGGCCGAAAAUGCAUAAUCAAGAAGGAAAAAAACAUAUAUAAGUCACACUGGAGUAUAAGUCGCAUUUUUGGGGGAAAUGUAUUUGAUAAAAGCCAACACCAAGAAUAGACAUUUGAAAGGCAAUUUAAAAUAGAUAAAGAAUAGUGAACAACUGGCUGAAUAAGUGUACGUUAUAUGAGGCAUAAAUAACCAACUGAGAACGUGCCUGGUAUGUUAACGCAACAUAUUAUGGUAAGAGUCAUUCAAAUAACUAUAACAUAUAGAACAUGCUAUACGUUUACCAAACAAUCUGUCACUCCUAAUCGCUAAAUCCCAUGAAAUCUUAUACGUCUAGUCUCUUACGUGAAUGAGCUAAAUAAUAUUAUUUGAUAUUUUACGGUAAUGUGUUAAUAAUUUCACACAUAAGUCGCUCCUGAGUAUAAGUCGCACCCCCGGCCAAGCUAUGAAAAAAAAUGCGACUUACAGUCCGAAAAAUACGGUACUAGGGUUUCCCAAACUUAGUCAGAUAUAUCAUCUUUUUGACAGUGUACAAUCAAGAAGUUAAGAUUUGUGUGCCUGCUUGAUUGUCUUGAUUCUCAAACAUGUUGGUAGGAAAGUUCCAAUUAGAGGAACCUCAGGAUCCAUCCAUCCAUUUUCUACCGCUUAUUCCCUUCAGGGUCGCGGGGGGUGUGCUGGAGCCUAUCUCAGCUACAAUCGGGAUAUAGAAUUAUAUUCGAAAAACAUAACAAUAUAUUAAUUAGUUAAUAUAUUCAUGAACCAAAGAUAAGCUGAAUUUGAAUUCAAAUGAAAUGUUACCGUUGAUCCGAGAACAAGUUAAUUUGGUGGAAAAAGGUUUGCCUUACAGCAUUUAACUCAGACCCAGUGCAAAGUCCUUUGGUUUUGGAAACCCUGGAAGAGUAGGGUGUGGUUCAGGACUCAUUUGAAGCACAUCACACUGAAUGAAUGUCGACAAAAGGUCUCAAAGAGAUCUGUGAAAUACAAACAUAUAAUGUAUUGUUUGCACUUAUUACUUAGGACGGUGAUGCUUUUGAAGAGAGAAAACAGGUAAACAGGAGGCAGACUGACCUUAGAUUCCGACAAGCCCGGGGGUCCUUUUGUUUAUCAGCAAAGAGCACAAGGAGCACACAAGGUUAGUGGUGAUUUCUUGCGCAGCUGCAGGGCAAACAUGUGUUCCCUGAUUUCUAUCUAAAAGAGCAACAAAAAGAAGCAUCUGAAGACCCACUAUGUGAUAAAGGAGGGAGGGAGGAAUCCUUCAAAAAGAAAAAAGGACAUGCAUGUCAGAAAAGUGUCAGAUGCUUCUGCUCUUAGCUGCCAGCGAGUCAUAGCGGACACUCAGGUUAUUGUUUUUGUUUUUUUUGUCAGCACGUAAAACAGACUGGAAGGACGAGAACACUUAAGCAAUGUUCUAAUCAGAGCAGGAUCAACAACGGGCCUCUUUAACGAGGCUCUUCACACCAUGUCAUGGGAGUUUCACCCGCCGAUUUAUGCGCGUCAUUUGCAGAGUGAGGGGAAUACACACUGAAACCUUCUUUUUUUCCCCUCCUCCAAGGACACAAUGCAGUGAGGUUGGCGUAACGUCGGCAGCCAUUUAGGCCGACUGUUUGCCUGACUCACUCGCAUUUCCUCUCAUUACAGCCGCACAGAAUAUGUCUGCAGGUGCGCUCACAAGUUUGCAUACGCUUGUCAAUGCUGGGCUCCUAAUGAGUUUAAAAAAAAACUUUUUACAGGGUGGAAUGACAAUGUACAUUAAAAUUGGCUGCAUCCUUUUUAUUUCAUUUAAGAUUUUCUCUCUUUUACAUUGUGUCAAAAUGCUAAAAUAUUUACCUAUUUACCUGGGUGCUCGUUGUGUGUGUAUUAAAAAAAAAAAAAAGAUGUUCAGCGAAGUUAAUAUCCUAUAUGAUUUGUGGCUUUAUUAUUUUGGAAAACGGACCAAACUCGACACAAAAUUAACUACAUAAAAAUAGAUUAAAAAAAAAACAUUAUAAAAAUUGAAAGCUGCCAUCAAUCCCACGUGGGUGUUCAGCAUUGUCCGGGAUCGGCGCCUAUGCAUAUUGUAAUGUAUUUUAAUUUGACAGGCCCUAUUAAUGGGGCAGCACAGUGGUACAGGGGUUAGUGCAUGUGCUUCACCAUACGAAGGUCCUGAGGGCUCGGGAUCGUUCUGUGUGGAGUUUGCAUGUUCUCCCCGUGACUGCGUGGGUUCCCUCCGGGUACUCCGGCUUCCUCCCACCUCCAAAGACAUGCAUCUGGGGAUAGGUUGAUUGGCAACACUAAAUUGGCCCCAGUGUGUGAAUGUUGUCUGUCUAUCUGUGUUGGCCCCGCCUACCGCCCGAAUGCAGCUGAGAUAGGCUCCAGCACCCCCCGCGACCCCGGAAGGGACACGCGGUAGAAAAUGGAUGGAUGGAUGGAGGCCCUGUUACUCUCAUUCGUGAUCAUGAUUGACUGCAAAUGGUGGUUUCUCUUUGGUGGUUUCUCUUGGGGGGGAAACAACCAAUUUUAAAUGAAUUCUGUCAAAUAUCAAACCAGGUAAAAUAUCCAAUUUAUUUUGGAAUGUUCUCUCAUUACAAAUGCUCAAAAAUGUCCCUCUCAGAACCAGCUUCGUCUGCAUUGGACAUUUGUGUUUAUUAUUUGUAUUUUCCUGACAAAAGAAAUAGACCAAAAAUAUUUAGUACAGGCCAAAAGUUUAUACACACCUUCUCAUUCAAUUAUUUAUUUUCAUGACUAUUUACAUUGUAGAUUGUCACUGAAGGCAUCCAAACUAUGAAUGAACACAUGUGGAGUUAUGUACUUAACAGAAAAAGGUGUGCUUUGCACACUCUUGGCAUUCUCUCGAUUAACUUCAGGAGGUAGUCACCUGAAAUGGUUUUCACUUCACAGGUGUGCCUCAUCAGGGUUGAUUAGUGGAAUUUCUUGCUUUAUCAAUGGGGUUGGGACCAUCAGUUGUGUUGUGAAUGAGAAGGUGUGUCCAAACCUUUGGCCUGUACUGUAUGUCCACUGACACUGCAGGAUAUACAUAUAGUACAACGCCACGUACCCUUGACUAAAAGUUCUCUUAGCAUGUUUCACCCCGACCAGACACCAUCACCGAUCAUCUGGCAACAUUCUGGCUGCAUAUAUGACCGCUCUUCUCGGCAGAAUUGGUGGAGUUUGUUGAAAUGGGUUGUUUUUCUCUUAUGUAGUUAUAAGAAACUAUCAGCAAUAGUCAAAACCAUGAUCACGGUUUAGAGCAGGGGUCGGGAACCCAAAAUGUUGAAAGAGCCAUAUUGGACCAAAAAUGUCCCCAAAAAAAUCUGUCUGGAGCCCCCAAAAAUUAAAAGCCUUAUAUAAAUGUUAUAAUGAAGGCAACACAUGACGUACGUGUCUAUAUUAGCCUACUAUCAAAGGCUAAGGCAAAUCUUUGUUGACAGAAAUGUUGUAUUUAAAUUUUUAUUCUACACAUUUUUGCAACAUUAGAAAUCAUUAGUAAAAUGGAGACUUCUCACAGGAUGAGAUAAUUUCUGGAAAUUACUGGCUCAGAAUGACCAAAGGGAUAGAGGUGUGUGUCCAAGUUUAAGGAAACAACAGGCUGUCUUCUUCUAAUGGAUUUAUUACAAUCUUUGCAAGCUGGGUAACAUUUGCUGUGGUCUGGAACAACAUGGCACACAAACAACUAUGAGAAAUGCAGCCACUAUUACAUACAGAUAAUGUGUCAUGAUACAUGCAAAUAUAAAUUAAAUACACAGAGGACGUAAGUAAAGGAAAUUAAAUGAGCUCAAAUAUACCUACAAACGAGGCAUAAUGAUGCAAUAUGUACAUACAGUUGGCAUUGAUUAGCUUGCAGUCAUGGAUUGACCAUAUAUGCCUGAUAAGCACUCCAGCAAAUCAAUAAAAUCAACAAAGCUCAACUUUGUGCAUCCACGCACAGCAUAAAACGUUUGGUGGACAAAAUGAGACAAAGAAGGAGUGACAUAAAGCACGUCUUUCUGUGGCAGCGUCGGAGAAAGUUGUACACGUAAACAAACUACGAUGAGUUCAAGGAUCGCUGAAAUUAGUAGGACAAAACAGUGCUUGCCAAAUACUCUCAUCAGUGAAGCAUGUUUAAUACAAACAGCGGGAUUUCUAACAAUUAGGACGGUUUGUGUCAUGUUUGUUCUCCUACAGAAAACAUAUUAAAGCAAAACAUUUUUUUUUCCUGCAUCUUUUUCCAUUUUCACACAUCUCUGAAAGAGGUCCAGGGAGCCAAAGAGCCGCAUCAUGCGGCUCUCGAGCCGCGGGUUGCUGACCCCCGCUUUAGAAUAAGGCUAAUGGUCCAAAGACAUUUUGGAACUUUUAGCACUGCUUAAGAACUUGUACAUAUAAUUUUGAUUCUACGGCAUGUCAUAUAAAUUGUCGAUGCUUUUAUUCUACAGUGAACAAAGCACAGUUCAAAUAAAUCAUUAGUGGUUUGAAAUUAAUAUGAAGUCCAUCUAUGACGAGUGUAUGCACAUUUCUGACUGCAACCGGAUUUGUUUUUCUCGGGUGUUUUUUGUCGUUUCCUUGACAAGAUGUGUGUGUUCUAAACGGCACACAUGCUUAUUAACUCAAUGGGACAAGGGCUGUCAGCGGCACAUAGUCUAAUUCUGCUGACCUGAAUGAGUGUGUGUGUGUGUGUGUGCGUGUGUGUGUGUGUACCUCUUCCGGUUACAAUCGACUACAGCUCUAUAAUAGAGAAGAGGCUUUGCUUGUCACGUGACUGCUUCUUCUAUAGUUGUGAUUAUCAGACUAAUGUCAACGCACUGAGAGAGUCAUGUUCAUAUGUGUGCAUGUGCGCAUUCUUCUGACCACUGAAGGCCUGUCUCAUUGAUAUAUGACUCCAUUGCUGCUUUACUAAGUCAUAUUUUGAAUGUGUGUGUGUGUGUGUGUGUGUGUGUGUGUGUGUGUGUGUGUGUGUGUGUGUGUGUGUGUGUGUGUGUGAUGGGAGGUAACGAUAUAAGACUGUAAUAUUUAUUUCAAAUUAGUGGCUGUUUUCUCUCUAUUUAUUGUUCCGUUGCAGAGCUUUUAUUCUGAGGGUCAAACAAUAUCGGAUUGCUCAGAGGGUAAACAAUAUUGUAUUACUUUUCAACGAGCGAGAGCCUUAUUGAUUUUAAACAUUAAAAACUGUGGCUUUUUGUUAGAUGGAGAUUUACGUGAAAGGAAACUUUACAUAUAGCAUCCUUUUUUUUUAAUAUACAGUAAAUAAAAGCACAUUUUACAGAAAUAUCUGCAAAAAAGAUGUUAAUACCUGUAGUGAGUAUCGCUUAAUGAACAAAAGGCUAUCACUUUGACUUACUGAUGAAUUUUCUUUCUAGAAAAACUGCAAUUCAAUCACUCUAGCGGCCAUUCUAGCUCAUUAUAAGUUGCCCGUCCCUGUUUCAUUGCUUUUUUGUAGUGAAUCUACGGCUUUUCUUAAAACAAGCAAACAAACAAAAACCAGUAAAAAUAUAAGGUGCAGUAACUUGGCUCUUAAAGGCAUCUUUUCCCUGGAAAGUGCCUGUCGUGUACACUAGCCUUCCCCUGCUACGUUUUGACCGAGACACAUGCUCUGAGCGUUGGCGCUGUCAUCCCUGCAUCUGUGAUCAUUGACGCCCUCUCCCCUUCUGUUUGAAAAAUAAAAUU